AUGAAAAAGGUACAGAAAUAUUCAUCGUCAGACGACACCGACUUAGUACUUGAUUACGCUGAAAGUGGUGAUAGCAAAUGGAAUGAAGAUAGUGAUUCAAUUGUAGAGAAUACGGAAGGCGAAAAUAAAAUGGUGACUGUAAAACGAAGACUGAAACUUGCUUUUCAUAAAAGGCCACAAAAAAAGAGUCAAAAACAUCUUUCACACUCUGUAUCGGAUCUUGAAAAUAUGCCUUUAAGUUCACUGGCGUCUUCUAGCAGUAAAGUUUCUGUAAAAGAUUUAAAAACAGGUUGUUAUGUAAUAGUUACAUAUGAAGGUGAAUAUUUCCCGGGUAAAAUUGAAGACAAAAAUAGAGGGAUGUACGAAAUUAGUACAAUGGUACUAUCAACUGGGUACACUUUCAGUUGGCCAGACAGAGCAGAUAAAAUCUGA